UUCUGUUCUUCUUUUCUCUCUUUUAUGUCAUUGUGUGGCUCAGUUCUACUUUUUUUUUAUUUUUUUUUAGGUUUAAGCUGCCUUAAAGGAGAAUUAAAAAUAGUGACUCCAAAGAACAAAAUAACAGAGAAGAGAGAAAACAGCACUCAAAAAGCCCCCAGAAAGGGGUAGCAGGUUGUUUGACACACAUGGGCACAGAAGAUUAUGAACAGUGAAGACAAUGAAGAGUGGGACAUCCAUCAAAGAGUAGCAACCUCUUAUAAGGUGACUCGUGUGAGCUCAUGAGGCUCCUGUAAAGGCCAGACUCAGCUAGGAUGUUACACCACCACUGCAGGAGGAACCCUGAGCUGCAGGAAGAGUUGCAGAUCCAGGCUGCCGUGGCCGCCGGCGAUGUUCACACCGUGCGCAAGAUGCUGGAGCAGGGAUAUUCUCCCAACGGUCGGGAUGCCAAUGGCUGGACCCUGCUUCACUUCUCUGCAGCAAGAGGCAAGGAGAGGUGUGUCCGUGUUUUUCUGGAACAUGGAGCUGAUCCCACAGUUAAGGACUUAAUUGGAGGCUUCACUGCUCUGCACUACGCAGCCAUGCACGGCCGGGCGAGGAUUGCGCGCCUGAUGCUGGAGUCUGACUACAGAAGUGACAUUAUUAAUGCCAAGAGCAACGACGGCUGGACUCCCCUGCACGUCGCUGCUCACUACGGCAGAGACUCCUUUGUCAGGCUCCUCCUGGAGUUCAAGGCUGAGGUUGAUCCGCUCAGUGAUAAAGGUACUACACCACUCCAGCUGGCCAUUAUCCGGGAGAGGUCAAGCUGUGUGAAAAUCCUCCUGGACCACAAUGCCAACAUCGACAUUCAGAAUGGUUUCCUGUUACGAUACGCUGUGAUCAAAAGCAAUCACUCGUACUGCCGAAUGUUCCUCCAGAGAGGGGCCGAUACAAACUUGGGGCGCUUGGAAGAUGGACAGACACCCUUGCACUUGUCUGCUCUUAGAGAUGAUGUGCUUUGUGCACAAAUGUUGUAUAAUUACGGAGCAGACACUAACACAAGGAACUAUGAAGGACAGACCCCACUGGCUGUUUCAAUAAGUAUUUCUGGAAGUAGCCGACCCUGUCUGGAUUUCUUACAAGAAGUGACAAGACAGCCCAGAAACUUGCAAGAUCUAUGCCGAAUUAAAAUCCGUCAGUGUAUAGGCCUUCAAAACCUCAAACUGCUUGAUGAACUACCCAUUGCCAAGGUCAUGAAAGACUACUUAAAACACAAAUUUGAUGAUAUCUGAUAUCCAUGAAGAGAGGAACUGUGAGCAAGUUUAGUUCUAUUCCAGAUACUGAAGAGGCUUGUUGCCUUGCACAAAGUAUAUCCUAUGCAAAUUCUGAUUUUUCUGUGAAGUCAGAAGGCAGGUAUACACUUCCUUGGGUUUUUUAUACCACACGCUAGAAGGUCUUAAUUUUUGGUUUCUUGGUCCAAGUUUACAAGGUCCAAGCUUUCUAUACAAUAUUGCAUUUUAAAAAUUGCUGUUGGUUUUCUGUUUGUUUUCACAUUAUGUGUGCAGACUUGCCGUGGAGAUGGAAGGCAGCCCCUCGAGGGAAGUGCUUGGUUUGAGUUGGCAUGCUGAGCAAUGAUGCAAGAACAUAAAAGUCUGGAAAUCAAGGCACCAGUCCUGCAAAAGGAUACAGAUAGACCUCCAGAGCCCUGUUUGUUAGGACCUCUGUCUCUGCCAGGUGUUUGUUCUUGCAGGACAGAGGGAAGAGGGGAUAAUCGACAUGUCCUUGGGUGCUGUAUGAAUAUAGUUUGGAAAUUGAGGAAAAAAAUGCAGUUACCCUGUUCAAUUUGAGGGUCUAUGGGUCUAUACAUUGGCUUUUUUUUUGGUUUUUGGCAUUUUUCUUUUCCUAAUUACUGUAAUUGGGAUGCCCAAAAAAUUCAGGCCCUCUUUCCCAAGAUUCCCUGUUGAAUGGGCUGUUUGUAAGUCUGUUUUUACCAGUGACAGUACACUACAGAGAGGCAUAGCCUCUGUAUUUUUUACUUUAACUUAAGAGGAAUCAAAUUUAGAUUUUUUUUGAAGCCAAUGUAUUCUGUUGCUCAUACAGUGCCUCCUGUGCAAUAAUCUCUCUGAUGUGUUUCCCUUGAUGUGUGAUUCCCCCACUAUUCCUCAUUUAGGCUCAGUGCAUUAUUUGUGAGAGCAGGAACUGCUGCCCCACUGUAGUGUUGAUGUGACAUUACAGAAAUGAUGCAGCAGUUGCUGUUCAUUAUUACUCCCUGAAUUUCAUGAAUGUAUAACCUGCUUUAUUUCACUUUCAGUUGAGAUUUUAUCUACGGGUUCUCAGCCAAAUUGUGUCAAAAAAAAAAAAAAAAAAAAAGGAAAAUUGGCCAAACCCUUUGGUUUUAAAAGCAGCGGGGAUGGGGGUAGGGGUUGUUUUGACCGCUCUGAAAUUCAGUUUGUUUCAGGUUAGAGAGCGGGAAGUGCACAUAAGUUAUUAACUGAGAAGACAAGCCCCACUGACACUGAGAGUUCAAAUUUUGCAAUUAAUCUGAAAGCAGAAACUGAGAGGAGUGCUGAAAUCUGGCUACUGAAUGUGUCUUUCAAACCAGGUAUUAAAAGAUCUGUUGCAGAGUUUUGUUUCUGAUCGUAGGAAAAAAUUAAUUUAUUGAUCAAAAGAUUGGGCCAAAAUGUGCAGUUGUUUCCCUCUUUAUUUUCAAGGCAUUACAGACUCAGCAUAAGGUUCUUGCCAGUGUUCUCUACUUUUAUUUUGGCAUCUGCCUGGCUCCAGAAGAGCCCCUCUGAUAGUAGGAGUGCUUUUGUAGCAAUUGCACCAACUGAAGUGGGAGACGAAAGGAAUGAUGAUGGCUUUUAAGUUUCACACUGUCACUUUCAAAAUACUUAGUGUUAAAAAUAGGAAAAGCAAGGUAAGGCAGGUAAACUCACAUUAUUUAACUCUGCUAGUUCCUUUUAAUAUUUGAUAACCCUGGACUGCAGCUCCCUGAGAAUGAACCUUAUCACUGCUAAUGGAUGCACCGGAACCAUGGCAAGCAAGGAGGAUUAGCUGUCCCUAUUGUGCCUGGCAUUGCAUCAGGUUUGCAGACAAUGAGGGAUUUUGGAGAUUCAUGGCUCACAGGGUUGGCAAUGGGCUGUUGAGCCUUUUUAUCUCCAGCUUGUACCGGUUCAAGUCCAGCUGCUGGAGCAGUGAGCAGGAGUUCACACCUCGGCAGUGUGAGUGAGCAAGUCCAGCCCAACACCCUGCACUGGGUUGUAGAGCUUGUAGUGCUUCCUACUGGUUGUAUCUGUGGAGUAGGGACAAGCUGUCGGCUGUGAGCUUGAGUGCAUGGCCCAAAUCUCUUGGCCCCUGUGGAGGGAAGAUCAGCCAUUCCAAUCUUUGAGCUCUCCAGUGCUGAGACAGGGCAGACUGGCAGGUUUUAACACAAAUCUUCCAUUUUCUGACAUGAAAUCAGGAGCUUAAAACUGUUUUCUUUAAAAAAAAAACAACAAACAGAACAGACUUAGUAUUGUUCACUACACUUGUAAGUUGGUCUGAACCAAUGUCCUUCCCCACUGAAUUUUUACAGUAAUAUUUUCUAAGGUAAUCUAGAGUAUAUUUUAGUUGCAAUCUAUAUUAAGGCAAAUUAUUUGUUCUGUCUGUUGCUGUGACUGAAGAAAAUUAUGAAAGACUUUGUUGGUAACAAGAAUGCUAUUUAAUGAAGAAAUGUGUAAUUCCAUUAUUUAUUGUUUGAGGUUUGUUUUUUGGUUAUUUCUUUUAAGUAACUGACAUCUAAAAGGGAACACACAUAUGUUUUAGGCCAGUAAAAAGCCUUUCUUUUAAAUUAAUUUUCAUCCUCUCCUCUCCCCAGGGUGGAGGGAAGCCCUCACCCUUUUUUUGCAAUGCUAAGCCAUCUCUUGUAGCUGGUUUCUCACCUUAAUUCUUGCAAAGCACCACAGCACACGUGGAUCUGAACCUACUGAUAGUCCUGUGCACUAUCUCUGGUUGUCCAUGUGCUCAAGUGCAGAUUAAGUGGGAUUAUUCAUUGAUGAUCCUACCCAAAUUUCAAUAAGGGGGAAUUUGGUCUUAUUUUAUUAUUAUUAUUAUUUUCAAUAUUGUGCACAAAUAUUUUGAAGAACAAACUGACCUUUGUUUUUCAUUUGGACUAGAAUGUGGAAGGAGAAGUGCAUAAUAGAGACUUGUGAUGUAGCCUCGUUCCGUUACCUUAAAAUUCACGGUUGAACACUUUUAAUAAACCUUAAAAAAUUGGCAAACACACCAAAGAAUCAAUAUGAGUAAAAGACUCUGAUCAUUAACAAACUGCAAACCUCAUCCUUUAAAACAAAGCAGAAAGUUUUUGUAAAUAUUUAUGUUUAUAAAUGUACAGCAGAGUAAGAGUGUUUUUUAGAUUAUUUAAUUACCAUAUUUCUAAACUAUUUACAUUAUAGACAAUACUUGUUAGUUUGAAAAGCUCGAGUGGGUUUGUUUUGUUUUGGUUUUGUUUUCUUUCUUUUUUUUUUUUUUUUUUUUUUAAAUUCACUAUCACUCAUGCUUGGAAUAACUCUGGCUUCCUUGGGAUAGCAUGGAAAAUUCAGUUUUCUGGCUCUGGCUGGCAAUCAUAGGAGAAGACAUCUGGACAAACUCUUCAGAUAAAUACCCAGAGGCAAAAGAAAAGAUAUGGCAUCUUUACUAGGAUGGGCUGGUUUGGAGGAAAAAACCUGCCCACAAGUGCAGCUUCCAUGCAAUGCUGUGUUACCAGUACCAUCAUGUAUUUUGUUCUUCCUUUGCAAUGUAAGUUUUUGCUUUGGGUCAAUUUGAAUUUAAAAAAAAAAAAAAAAAAAAGAAAAAAAAAGAAAAAGAAAAAAGUUAAACCUGGUUAAAACCUAUUUUUGGUUUAUGUUCUGUUUAUUUCUAAUGUAAUGUUUUAAUAACAUAAUACCACUUUACACAUUUUCUCUC